GGUCAUGGCGCCAGCAGUGGCUACUUGGGCUCCCUUCUUGUGGCGGGCCUGCAACGCACUCAUGGCAGCUUUCUUCGCCCUGGCCGCUGUGGUGCAGGUGAACGAUCCAGAUGCAGAGCUGUGGGUGACACGAAAGUCUUUCUGCAGAGAGAGCUUAUACCAGCGACUCCCAUUUCCCAUGACUACCCGGGACAUGACAGUGGUGUACAUGAUCCCAGCAGUGCUUACCCUGCUUGUUGGGUUUAAUCCUCUUAUCACAGGCAACUUCAUCUGGAAGAGUGUGUCUGCGAUACAUAUGCUGUUCUGUGCGCUGUGGGCUGGCGGCUUGGCGUACCGCUUCUUGCUUCACGCAAAGCAGAACCUCCUAAAUGAGGAAGAAGGCAGGGAGCUGUCUGGCCUGGUGAUUGUCACAGCAUGGAUGGCCCUGUGCCACAGCUCAUCCAAGAAUCCAGGUGGUGGAAGAAUGCACUUGGCUAUUGCCGUUGUAAUCACCCUAUUCCCACUCCUGUCGUGGGUCUACGUAUACAUGAACAAGGAGAUGCGGUCCUCCUGGCCAACUCACUGCAAGACAGUCAUUUAAAUGAACCCAAUAAUGUUUACAACAUGUUAUACACAUUGGGGUAAUGGGACAAUUUCCCAGAGAUGAUUUAAAGUCUUGGGAAUGUAACAAGGCUACUCACAAUGUGAUGGAAGAUUGACUAGGUCAGAUAAGAACUGGGAGCUGAGACUCUAGAGGUCUCUUCUGUGACAGCACUGGACCAGGCAAUGAGCAGAAACUUGAGUUUGAAUCUAGCUUUAGCACUAUGUGAUGGGGCAAACCCCCAAAUCUCCUGGUACAUAUUUCCUCACAUAUAAAGUAGGAUGUCAGAUCUCUUUAGUUACCACAACCAAACUAUUGUGAAGGCACUCUGAGAAGAUGAAGCUCACUUGAGUUCCAAAGGGAGUAGAGUGAGAGGGGGCUGAGGCUAUACCCAGCCUCAUGCUGACAUGGAGGGAGGUUCAAAAAGACCACAAUCCCAAACUAAUCCCAAUGUACUUAACUGGUUCAGCUGUACUGAACCCAGAAAAAUUCCAGGGCAGGUGAGCCAAAUGAAAGUAGAAAUUAAAGAAAAUAUAGAAAAGAUAAAUUUGGAGUUAGCAAGAAUGGGGAAUAUUAAUCAUAAGUUAUUCUCCGUGAAAACUAAGAUGGAAAUCUAUACAUCUUUUAAAUGAAUGUUGAAGUGACCACAGAGGAGGAGAGCUCUGUAGGGUGACACAGUCCAACAGGGCAUACACAGGUUGUUAUUGAGCACUUGACUUGUGGGCAGGGUGACCAAAGAAGUCAAUUUUUAACUUUUCUACUUUUAGAAGCAGGGAGUCAACUGCCAGGAAAAGUUAAGUGUGCAUGGGAUCGUGUGAGUGUGUGUGUGUGCGCGCGCGUGUGUGUGUGUAUGGAUCUUCUUCAACUGCAAAUUUUGGUAUGGACUGUUGGUGUUGUCUGGUGCUAUGUAUUCAAAUGCUAAAUACUGGCCCCUGAGAUCUGAUUGCCUCAUUUCAUGUACAGCAAAUGAUAUUAUAUAAACUUUGCUUGCCAAUCUUUUGUGACUGGUUAAAUAAAAGUGGCUAACAGCCAAUUACUGGGGAGAAUUACUAGGUAGGCAGGGCUUGUCAUAGGGCUGGGGGGGAGGGAAAGAGAGAGAGGAGGAGGAGGAAGAGGAGAGAGCAGUUCACUUUGAUGGGAUGGACCAGGAGCAUAGGCCGUUGAUUGGCAAGUAACCUGGGGAGCGCAGCUAGGAAAUAGCCAGUCUAGCAUUGAAAAAAUAGUUUAGGGGUAAUCGUCCAGUCAUUGUGCUGGAAGCUGAUUAAAUAAAUAGUUUGGACUCUGUCUCGAUUAUUAGGGGGCUGACAGGGUCACAGUAAUUACUAGUUAUUAAAUACUAGUAGUCUAGUUAUUAAAUACCUUACAGCAACAAUCAACAGGUGAAGUAUUUGCAAGAGUUUAGCGUUCGGGUGGAUGUGCUCCAGUGCAAAACACAGUAGACUUUAGAGACACAAACCCAGAACAAUGUAUUUUAUACUAAGUGCAUGCUGAAAAAAUAUUUUGAGAUAAGUCGGGCUAAAUAAAAUAUA